CGCUUUUGAUUCAGAGAGAGAGAGAGAGAGAGAGAGAGAGACAGACAGACGCACACCCACACGCACACACGCACACGUUGCACUACUAGAGAUAGAAGAGAGAGAGAGACAGAGACAGAGAGCCAAACCAAGCAAAACUACUCUUCUCCAGCACCCCCUUCGUCCUCUCCGUCCACCGCCGCUGCGGCACGCUCCGGCGGGUCACUAUGAGCCCACUAUGACCCAGGCGCGAACCCCAGCCACCCAGUCCGACGACGAUACUAACCAGCCAACCACCAGCGGGAGCGGCGGCGUCACGACGGCCAUGAGGGUCAUAGUACCCUUACAAGGGGUAGUCCAGGGCAGGGGCGGCCUCGUUUUGGGCUCCCUCAUCCCCUGCGCUCUCUUCUACUUCUUGCAACUCUAUCUCAAGCGCCACCGCCCCUCCUCCGCCACCCCGCCGCCCACUCCUCCCACGGCAGUGGCGGCUGAGGUCUCCUCUCCUUCCGCCUUGCACCGGGUUCACUCUCGCUCCGUCAUCUCCCCGAGAGGCGCCCAUGUGUCUUCCAGGGGUAAUUCCAUCGCUAGACAGAGUGAUGGCCCCGUCGACAUCGGAUUAAGGAAGGUUUCGGAGGACCCCUAUGAUUCUGCAACGAAUCCAGACGGCGUUAUUCAGCUUGGUUUGGCUGAAAAUAGGUUGUCGCUGGAUUUAGUUCGAGAUUGGUUGGCGGAGAAUGCGAUGAAUUCGAUUGUUGCCGGGGAUUUGAGUAUAGAAAGGAUUGCAACAUAUCAGCCAUUUCAUGGAUUGAUGGAGCUGAAAGUGGCUGUGGCUGGGUUCAUGUCUCAAGUUAUGAAAAGAUCAGUGUCCUUCAACCCAUCACAAAUAAUAUUAACAGCCGGUGCAACCCCAGCCCUUGAGAUGCUUGCUUUCUGCCUGGCAGAUGUGGGAAAUGCAUUUCUUGUUCCCUCACCAUAUUACCCAGACCUUGAUAGGGAUGUCAAAUGGCGAACUGGGGUGGAGAUCAUACCCAUUCCUUGCCGCAGUGCAGAUGGCUUCAGUUUGAAUGCAAUUGCUCUUGAUCGAGCAUUUACACAAGCUAAGAAACGUGGUCUAAAAGUUCGUGGGAUUAUCAUUUCUAACCCAUCAAAUCCUGUAGGCAAUCUGUUCAAUCGGGAAAUACUUUACAACCUUUUAGACUUUGCUACAGAAAAGAACAUCCAUAUUAUUUCAAAUGAGAUAUUAGCAGGGUCCACUCACGGAGGUGAGCAGUUUGUUAGCCUGGCAGAGAUCACUGAUUCAGAAGAUUUUGACCGAAAUCGGCUUCAUAUAGUUUAUAGUCUUUCGAAAGACCUAUGUCUUCCAGGUUCCGGGGUGGGGGUCAUUUAUUCUUUCAACGAUAAUGUUCUGGCUGCUGCUAAAAAGAUGGCUAGAUUCUCAUCCAUCUCGGUUCCAACACAACAUUUGCUUAUCUCAAUGCUGUCAGAUACAGUUUUCAUCGAGAAAUUUAUCCAGACAACUAGGGAAAGGCUUGGAAGGAUGUAUGCCAAGUUUGUGGCUGGGUUGAAGCAACUAGGUAUUGAAUGCAUAAAAAGCAGUGGUGGUUUCUACUGUUGGGUUGACAUGAGCGGGUUCAUUCGAUCAUACAGUGAGAAGGGGGAGCUUGAGCUGUGGGACAAGUUGCUGAACAUAGCUAAGAUCAAUGUAACUCCCGGAUCUUCGUGUCACUGUAUUGAACCUGGGUGGUUCAGAUGUUGUUUUACCAUGUUGACUGAAGAGGACAUUCCAGUAGUUAUUGAGCGCAUUCGGAAAGUUUCUGAAACCUGUAAAUCUCACAGCUGAGACACUCUUCUAGUUCUUGUUUCAAUCACAGAAUCAGGUCAACCACAGAUACUUCAUGGACGCCAUCCUUGUGGUUUGGGAGUUUCAGUUUUAUCUUAGAAGCAGAACCUUGGCUUUUCUAAUCUGGUUGUGCAGUGGGUUAAGUUUCCCUGAAACUAUUGUGUCAUUUGAAGUUUGAUCGCCGAGAAGGCCUGAAAUAGAGAUGGGAGAUGAUCUUGCUUGCAUUGCUCGAGUUGUGUAUACUUGAGCCGGGGAGGUAAGAGGUCGCACAGGCUUGAAGUUGUGGCCUGACAGUUUUACCUUAAGUACAUUUUCUUUGUUUAAUCUCCUUUGCCAUUUGCUAUUCUUCCUUUCUUGAUUCUUCAAGAUGUCAAUCCUGUCUGCCUCAAUUUCUGUCUAUUGGAGAUGGGCAAUUGUUAUAAUGCAGAAGUCGGUAGAGAGGUAGAGACAAAAGUGUCUGGUCAAAAUUCAUUUGAAAAGCUUCUGUGCAGAAUAAGUGUGUAACUGAUUUGCGGAUCGGUUCAAAAGUAUUCUUUUUUCUCA